UUUGCAGCCGGUGUACCCACAGACUAGCGUCUCACUUUGGCCGGAUAAUAUGGCGGACAAUCAAGAAGGUGGAGGUGGAAUUAAUCGUAUGAAUCGACGUGGCGCUAUAAAAAAGCAGCAAGUCUCUGUCGUUAAAGGGCAUCAGUUCGUCCUAACGUUUUUAAAGCAACCGUCAUUUUGCGCCCAUUGCAAAGAUUUUAUCUGGGGAUUUGUGGGCAAACAAGGCUUUCAAUGCCAAGAUUGUGGCUUUGUCGUACAUCGAAGAUGCCACGAAUUCGUGUCUUUCGAUUGUCCCGGUGCUGACAUCAACAGCACUGAGGCGCCCGUAAGCCCACAUUCUUUCAAAGUUCACACGUAUACAAGUCCCACUUUUUGCGAUCAUUGCGGAUCUUUGCUCUAUGGUCUGAUCAAGCAGGGACUACAAUGCUCAGAUUGUCAAAUAAACAUUCACAAACGCUGCGAGAAAGUUAUACCGAAAUUAUGCGGGGCAGAUCAUACCGAAAAGCGAGGAAGAAUUCACCUAAGCGUGUCAUUCAAAGGGUCGAGUGGAGUUGGCAAACUUACAGUCGAAGUCCGAGAAGCGAAGAACCUUAUCCCAAUGGAUCCCAAUGGCCUAUCAGAUCCCUAUGUGAAACUGAAACUUGUCCCAGAUUCAGGUACCACAACCAAACAAAAGACAGAAAUCAUAAAGAAAACAUUGAAUCCUGUUUUCAAUGAAACAUUUCAAUUUUCAAUUGAACAACGUGACCAUGAUAGGCGUUUGUCCGUGGAGGUUUGGGACUGGGAUAGGGCGACAAGGAAUGACUUCAUGGGUUCCCUCUCGUUUGGCGUAUCAGAGCUGCUUAAUAAGUCGCAUGAAGGAUGGUUCAAGUUGUUGACUGCCGAGGAGGGAGAGUUUUACAAUAUUCCUAUCAACGAGGAUGUAGGACAAGCAAUUGCUGAAUUGUCGAAAAAAUUCAAGUUCCAACCGAAACAGGAAGUGGAUCAAGCGCAUGAGCAGUCGAAGUCUGAAACUCAUGUUCAAACAAAUAACAACAACAAGCGUCACAGCAUGGAAGACUUUAAUUUCCUUAAAGUUCUUGGAAAAGGCAGUUUUGGCAAGGUGAUGCUUGCAGAACUGAAGUCUACACAAGAUGUGUUUGCCAUCAAAGUUUUAAAGAAAGAUGUGAUAGUUCAAGGAAAUGAUGUUGACUGCACAAUGAUUGAGAAGCGUGUGUUGGCAUUGUCAAACAAACCUGCCUUUCUUACCAACCUUUUCUGUUGCUUCCAGACCGUGGAUCGUCUUUUCUUUGUGAUGGAGUACAUCAAUGGUGGAGAUCUCAUGUUUCACAUCCAGAAUUCUGGAAAAUUUAAAGAACCACGUGCCGCAUUUUAUGCUGCAGAAAUCGUCCUUGGACUGUUGCAUCUACAUCACAGGGGAAUAAUCUACAGGGAUCUGAAACUGGACAACGUGAUGCUGGACAGUGAUGGUCACAUUAAGAUCGCUGAUUUUGGCAUGUGCAAAGAAAAUAUGUUCCAUCCGAAGAAAACGCAGACGUUUUGUGGUACACCAGAUUACAUCGCCCCUGAGAUAGUGGCGUAUCAGGCUUAUUCGUUCGCAGUCGAUUGGUGGGCCCUUGGCGUCUUGAUCUUUGAGAUGUUAGUUGGGCAGCCUCCGUUUGAUGGUGAUGAUGAAGAUGAGUUAUUCAACUCGAUUUUAGAACACAGUGUCUCGUGUCCGAAGUCACUAUCCAAGGAAGGAACAUCGAUUAUCAAAGGGUUCCUUACGAAGCAUCCCGACAAACGACUGGGCUCAGGUUCCAACACAGAACGGGACAUCAAAGAUCACGUCUUCUUUCGGUAUAUCGAUUGGAGAAAGUUGGAAAACAAAGAAAUACAGCCUCCGUUUAAACCAAAAAUUAAAUCGAAGCGAUCUUUCGACAAUUUUGACGCGGAAUUUACGGACGAGGCCGCCAGGUUGACGCCUUGUGACAAGUCAUUUAUCGCCAAUAUUAACCAGGGAGAUUUCGCCGGUUUUUCGUUUGUAAAUCCUGAGUUUUCAAGCAAUUAACACAUGCAUGACUAUUUGGUGCUGUAGGUAAUCAUAGCGCUAGGUAUGUUAAAUUAUAUUAUCUAAAUUAAUCCAAUGCACAGAGUAACAAAACGGGCGUCCGUUUUUGUACAAGAUCUGCCUUUUCGCACGAAUUCUAGUUUGAUAAAUGCACACAAGCCAAGAGUUUUGAGUCUGCUGUUUAACAGGAAAAAAACACGAUGUUUUACGACACAUUUUCAGUUUUUUUUUGGCAAUAUGAUUCAAUAAUGUUGUGUCUAAAUCAAGCGUAAAAACGUUGAACAUCAGCAGCAAUGAUAACUGUGGCAGAAAAUUCUAACAACACAACUUAGGGGCUGUUUACAUGAGCCCGGUUACCCGAGAUUCAACGAAGCAUGAGAUGAUUUUGAGGUAUUGAAAUGAACAGAUAACAUGUUCCUGGCAGUCGUAUGAUCACCACAACAAUAGCAUGUACUUGUUUGGUGUCAUAAACACUUAUUUCAAUACCUCAAAGUCCUCUCACGCUUCGUUGAAUCUCGGGUAACCGGGCUCAUGUAAACAGCACAACUUAGUGUGAGCUCCACUUCAUUUCUCGUGAUGUUCCUUUGGACGAGACAACCAAUAUUGAGUAACUUGUACACGCGUGUGGUAGAAAGUAGAAGAAAGAGCAUCUAAGUUAUCAUUUUAAGCUACAUUCUCACACAGACAAUCCUUGGGCCGAUUGUUAUUUAAAAUAUACGUGACAACGUCAUUAUGACGUCAUUAUGUACUUUCAACAACGGCCAUUAACAUCGGGCAGAAGCCUUUCGGAUCGGCCUGAGAAAUUGUCGUGUGUGCGUUACUUUUCACUCUGUUUUGUAUAAAAAUGGGAUAAAUUGAUCUAUUAAAAUGUUAUUAUUACCAGUUGUUAUGUCCCUAGUGUGUUGUAAUUAAAGUAAAAUUUUGAUUAUAUUUUUACGUAACAGAUGUA